AUGCAGGGAAACUCUUCAACAAAUCGGAUGGAUGAAGGAGUCUUAGGCUUUUUGUUUUCUGCUAUAGGAAGAAUCGUUGAGGAAGAGAAGGGAGGAACUUGGAUGGAGGAAACAAUAAAUGAUGUUUUCGCACCACUCCUCCGACGUUUUGUAGUCAUAUUCUUUGAUGACAUCUUAGUUUUCAGCCCAACAUUACAAACACACGUCACACAUUUAUCUCAAGUCUUGGACAUAUUGAGGAAACAACAAUUGUAUGCGAAACUUUCAAAGUGCUCAUUUGCUACAUCAUCUAUUCAAUUCUUAGGACACAUUGUGUCUAGUGAUGGUGUCGCACCUGACCCGGAUAAAGUCAUAGCAGUUUCAGAAUGGCCUACUCCAACUACGGUCACUCAAGUUCGAGCAUUCCUAGGGCUUUCAGGAUACUAUCAGAAAUUUAUUAAAGGGUAUGCACAAACAGCUUCUCCAAUCACUGAUCUCCUGACAAAAGGAAAAUUCCAUUGGACAGAAGAAGCUAACACGACAUUUAUGGAAUUAAAGACGUGCCUUACUGAAGCACCGAUUCUCACUCUUCCUGACUUUCAAAAACAAUUUAUAAUUGAGACAGAUUCAUCAGGUACGGGUAUAGGAGCUGUGUUGCUACAAGAUAGAAAAGAAAUAGCGUAUUUCAGUAAGAAACUCUUCCCACACAUGCAAACUCAAUCAACUUAUAUCAGGGAGAUGUAUGCUAUUACGUCGGCA